AUGAAACCUGCAUCCAUCUACGAUCAGGUCCCUCUCAAAAGAGGCCGACCUUCCCAGUUGCAACUGCGCCUUUUAUCUCUCGCAGGAGGAGCAGAUGACGAGCCGCUUGCUGCACAUAUCUACGCCACCAGCUUGGAUGAGAGUGAUCUCCCGAUAUUCGAGGCUCUGUCCUAUGUCUGGGGACCAACUAAUGCGCCGGGCAAAAUAACCCUGGUUCCGGGCGACGAUGCCGGUAACGCCAUUGAGGCUGCAAGACACGCGUCGACCUUGGAGGUGACGGCCAACUUGGCCAGCGCCUUGAAGCACCUUCGAUAUCCUGACCGCGCCCGUGUGCUCUGGGUCGACGCUAUUUGUAUUGACCAAUCCAACUUGGUAGAGCGCAACACGCACGUACAGAAGAUGGGCGAGGUAUACGAGGCGGCGUCCCGGGUACUAAUAUGGCUGGGGCCUGAGGCUGAUGACAGUACCUUGGUGAUCAAAGCACUAUCUAGUUUGAGUUCCAAGGUAAUGUGCAAUCACGCAUUAAAUUCGAUGCAAAUGAUCGACCAAAACAUGGAUAGAAGCCUCGCACAUCCUCUCGUACCGGUCCCUUUUUCAGAGAAUGAAUCACGCGGACUGAACAAGCUUCUUCGGAGACCGUGGUUCGGGAGACUCUGGGUCAUUCAGGAAGCAAUAAAAGGCUCCUCGCGCGCUGUGCUAGUUUGUGGGCAUAGCAGUAUGCUCUGGAGCAGCUUCACCAACGCCCUAUUCUGCAUUUUAAAAAAGGAUCUCGAAGAUGAGAUCGAAGAAUGUGACUGGAUAGGUGAUUUCCUGGAACCAUUCCUUGAUAUACACAACACUGGUGCCUGGCCGUCAAUGGACAACUUUAUGCGGAAUACACGCAUGAUGAGUUGCACGGAUCAUAGAGACCGCAUAUAUGCUGUGGCACCCCUUGCGGGAGUGCCCCUCAAUAAGUUGAAGAUCACGCCAGAUUACUCCUUACCAGUAUCGGAGGUCUAUAAGAAUUUCAUGCUCAAGUGGAUAGAUUUCAGUCAAACGUUGGGUCUGAUGGGCGUAUUUGAGAUUAACGCCGCUGGGCCGAGCUGGAUCCCGGGAUACAAUUCAUCCCCCCAGUGUGACUUUUGGACACACUCGGAGGCAUGCUGUGGUAUUGCUGCCGACGUGAAGUACCUAGGGUCAAACAAGCUUCGUGUUGCCGGAGUGCAGUUUGCUACAGUUGAAGGGGUGAAGCCCCUACUUAUGGCAGAAUGCGAGGCCGAUUGCAUCCUUUCGUGUGUCCGAAAUAUCACCCCUCGUGGGAUCCAAAGCAAAACUUAUCCCACUGGAUGUCGAGCAUCGCUAGCCCUAGCCGCCACCCUUGUUUGUGCUCUGGAUCCCAUGGACGAACCAGACGAGGACACUGAUCCCGACGAUAGAUAUGACAUCGAGGAUGAUGAUUUUAUGAAGCUAUUCUACGUUUCUGGACAGGGACGGAGCCUGGCCACAACCAAGGAGGGAUACUAUGUGCUUGCUCCCAAGGACACCCAGCCGGGGGAUGCAGUCUGCACUCUUCUCGGCCUAGAGAACCAUAUUGUCCUUCGGCCAGUAGGGAGGAGAGAAUACCGAGUCAUCGGGCAAUGUUUUGUUCAUGGCCUUAAUUUUGGGGAAAGUCUUCUUGGGGACUUUCCAACAGACUGGUCAAGGGGUAAGGUUCACAUUGAGGAAGGUGGAGAGAGUUAUUGGACCGUCGACUUCGUAAAUCGAAAAACCGGUAAGGCACGGGGCAAGGAUCCCCGAUUUGAUGGUAUAAGGCACAGCGAAAUAUUCUGCGGCAACGAG